AUGGCGGAGGGGGCUCGGCCUGGUGCGCCUGCUCUUUUCUGGUCUGCCGCCGAACUGGCGGCCAACCCUCGACAAUUUGCCGCCUUUCAGUGGGUAACAGGUUUCGCAGAGGCGCUUACUGUCGGCUCCCCUCGAAAACCUGAAGAAAAUGCGAAUGAAGGACACGAAGACGCAGGAGGGGCUUCUUCGCCUGCCGUCGUGAAUCUAAAGUUCAAGGGCUGGGAAAAGGGUCCAAGGAACAGUGCAGCGAAUGCACGGCGAGUGGCGAAGGCUUUCUCAGCAGUCAUUCCGGAGUCGGCGAAACUGCACCUUUUCACCAUGGGACGUGAAACCGAGGACCCGGAGUUCGACUCUGCCGCUAUGAGGAUGGAAAUCCCCGGCUUUGGCCUUGUCUCCGGCGGCGUCGACUUGGUCAUUGCCAAGGGUGGCGGGAGCCUACGCCGACCGCCUCCGCAUAACGGCCUCACCAUGAUGGACGACGCUCAAGCAGUUAUCGAGUGCGACUUUGACAUCUCGGCAGUCUCGCGGAAACAGCUGCGCCAGCUGUACGUGAAGACCGUCCUCGUGCACCUCCUGAGAGAAAAGCCUGUCCCCGUCUAUCUCACCGAUCUGCAGAGCGGCGCCAUCCGAGCGUCUGUUCUGUCAGGCCCGCGGGGUGUCCCCAUGGUGAUUUACGAGCGCUUGAGUUCCGAAGGCUUCAUCCACGAGUUGCAGCACGGACACAGGAAACCUGCGAUGACAGCCAAGACCGUCAGUGCGAUUCGUCGCUUCAAGUAUGGAUGGUGCACUGCGGAGCUGCGCACGCGGCCGCCGUUCGCGCUGGACGGUCGCGCAGGAAGGCACUCUGAAGGGGGCGAGUCGGUACCGGCAAAUCCGACUGUGCAGAUGCCUGCCUCGAACCCGGGCGUUGCCUCUGUUGCUGCGCCGGGAGUGGCUACGGGAGGCGCGCUCUCGACUAACCCCGCGGUGAGCGGCGAAGGAGACAGCAAAGAAGCCUUUGUCACGCCGAAGAAGCGAGGCCGGAAGCCCCGGGAUCCGUCCGUGUCGCCGGCCGUCACGAAUGCCUCCCCUGGAGAGGCGGAGGGAAACGCUGCCGCAAAAGCCAAAGCUGGAGGCGCUGCGCCGAAGCAGAGGGCCGCGCCUAAGAAAAUGAAGAUAGAGGCUGCCGCCAGUGCGGCCCCGACCUCCGCAAACGGAGGAAAGAACGCGGCGGAAAAUGCGCCCACCCCGAGCGUUCCUGCCGCAGCGGCGACCAGCCCAACUGUAGCUCCAGCGCCGAAGGCGAAAGCUGCAGCGUCACGUGUAGCGAACACAGAUGCGAAGACACUUGAAUCCGAUUCAGAUUCCUCCGACUCGUCCAGCGAUGAUUCCGACACAGAACCGACCCCAGUCGCCAAGGCCGCGGGGGCCGGGGCAAAAGCCAGUCAAGACGGCGCAGGCUCGAGUGUCGCCAGGCGCGCAGCUGCUGCACAGGACUCGGACUCGUCAGAUAGUGAUGACUCGAGCUCGGAUGAAGACUGA